AUGGUGGUUAGAAUUACAUCUUGGAAUGUGAAUGGCAUUCGAAAUCCCUUCAGCUACCAACCAUGGCGAGAGAAGCGGACAUUUGCCUCGAUGUUUGACAUUUUGGAGGCUGAUAUUGUCGUAAUGCAAGAAGCCAAGAUCCAGCGCAAAGAUCUACAAGAUGACAUGGUGCUGGUGCCCGGAUGGGAUGUCUAUUUCAGCUUACCGAGACACAAGAAGGGCUAUUCUGGUGUUGCCAUCUAUACACGGAACUCUGUUUGUGCCCCAAUCCGUGCUGAGGAGGGAAUCACUGGCGUUCUCGCGGGGCCAAACUCAACUACAAGUUUUCGUGAUUUACCCCAAGACCAACAAAUAGGUGGGUAUCCUAAACCAGGUCAGCUUUCCGGUGUGGUCGAUGAAGCGACUCUCGAUUGCGAGGGCCGGUGUGUCAUCCUAGAGUUCCCCGCCUUUGUUCUUAUUGGAACAUACAGCCCGGCGACACGAGACGAAACUAGAGACGAUUUCAAACAGUGCUAUUUAGAGGCGUUAGACACUCGUGUACGCAAUCUAGUAGACAUGGGCAAGCGGGUGGUGCUUACUGGAGAUCUCAAUGUCAUUCGUGCGGGCAUCGACACAGCUAAUAUUUCAGAGCGACUAAAGAAGGAGGCUCUGGACAUGAAGGACUUCUUUUCGUCACCAGGCCGCCGGCUAUUCAAUCAACUUCUUUUCGAAGGGGAGGUGUACGGUGCUAGGGACGAGGGCCGUGAGGAGCCAGCGCUAUGGGAUCUUGGCAGGCUGUUCAACCCUGCACGUGAGGGCAUGUUCACAUGCUGGGAAACCAAGAAAAAUGCGCGACCAGGCAAUUUCGGAAGUCGUAUCGACUAUGUCCUGUGUAGCGACAACAUGAAAGACUGGUUCAUCGAUUCUAAUAUCCAAGAAGGCCUUCAUGGCUCGGACCACUGCCCAGUAUUUGCAACCCUGAGCGAUACGGUCAAGGUGGGCGAUGAUCAUGUCGACAUACGAGACAUCAUGAACCCCUCAGGAAUGUUCAGGAAUGGAGAACGACUGAGAGAAUGGAAUACAAAAGACCUACUUCCCUUGUCCGCUAAGCUGAUACCAGAAUUCGACCGCCGAAGGAACAUCAAGGACAUGUUCUUCAAGAAACCAAGUGCCACGUCAAAAGCUCCUACACCCACCGAGAGCGACCUGGCACCUGCGUCUGCACCAGCACUAGCAGAAGAAUUAGAAAUGAGCAAAGCAUCAUCUCAAACAGACCAAAAGGCGUCUGCGCCAUCGCCAGCCAAAGCAGCACCUCUAGGCGUUAAGCGGUCGCCAUCUGUCGCAACUUCAAAUAGACCCCAAAAGAAAACGAAAGCCACAUUGAACAAGGAAUCAUCUCUCUCGAAGGGCCAAAGUAGCCUAAUGGGAUUCUUCAAGCCUAAGUCUACAGGAAGUCCUGCCCGGAAACCAACGAAUGAAAUCGGUCAGACCCCCGAAACCGGAUUGGACGGCGCUGGCGAUAACGAGCCGAAGUUCGUGGAAGCAGAGGAGGUCAAAAAACUCGAAUCGCCGUCGAAGAGUCAAACUCCGGUGUCACCAGGGAGAGUCUUUGACCCUAUUGAGGCCAAGGAAUCCUGGUCCAAACUUCUGGGGAAGCGGGUAGUCCCCAAAUGCGAGCACGGAGAGGACUGCGUCAGCAUGCUUACGAAGAAACCGGGCAUCAACUGUGGAAGGUCAUUCUUUAUGUGCUCUCGACCGUUAGGUCCUUCGGGAGAUAAGGAGAGAGGAACGCAGUGGCGUUGUAAGACUUUCAUCUGGAGCAGCGACUGGAAUGGUUCUCAAUCUCAACCGGGCUGA